CCGCCCCGCGCGGCCCCGCACUGCGCGGGGCGGGGCGCGGAGCUGCGCGGGGCGGCGCGCUGCGAUGUGCACGAUGUCGUUCAAGUGAUGGAAGCAAGCGAAGAGCUCCUGAUUCGUGAUUCCAGUUCCUGAUUCGUGAUUCCAGUUCCUGCCUACCCGAAAGAAACACCGCUCGCCAAUGCUGCGUUUUGGGCUGCAAGAAAAGGAAACUUGGCUCUUCUCCAGCUGCUGCUGAACAGUGGGCGAGUAGAUGUGGACUGCAAAGACAGUAAUGUGUUUAGGGGGAAAUUGCUCCACUGUUUGUGAAGAAGAAAAGAACAAACAGGUUCUCUGAUCAAUGAUCAUAAACUUCCUUCAGGAUUUCAAAAGAGCUUGGCACAACAGCUCUGAUGGUAGCCGCUUACUAUGGCCACAUAGAUUGCGUGCGGGAAUUGGUGUUGCAAGGAGCAGAUAUCAAUCUGCAGAGAGAGUCAGGUGCAACUUCUCUGUUCUUUGCUGCACAGCAAGGCCACAACGAUGUAGUGAAGUUUCUCUUUGAAUUUGGAGCCUCCACUGAAUUCAAGAAUAAAGACGGAGGCACUGCUCUUUUAGCAGCUUGUCAGUACGGGCAUGCAAAAGUAGUGGAAACUCUGUUGAAGCAUGGUGCCAACAUUCAUGAUCAACUUUAUGAUGGAGCUUCUGCAACUUUCUUGGCGGCACAAGGAGGCUAUCUGGAUGUCAUCCGAUUGCUGCUGUCUUCAGGAGCAAAGGUCAACCAGCCACGGCAGGAUGGGACGGCACCCUUGUGGAUUGCGUCGCAGAUGGGUCACAGUGAAGUGGUGCGGGUGAUGCUGCUCCGGGGAGCUGAGCGAGAUGCCGCACGGGAUGACGGUACGACUGCUUUACUGAAAGCUGCCAUUAAAGGAUACAACAAUGUGAUAGAAGAGUUACUGAAAUUUUCUCCCACACUUGGCCUGCUGAAGAAUGGGACCUCUGCUCUCCACGCAGCUGUUCUCAGUGGCAAUGCCAGGACAGUCGCGCUGCUGUUGGAGGCAGGAGCAGACCCGUGCCUGAGGAACAAGGCAAAUGAGCUGCCAGCAGAACUCACAAAAAAUGAGCGCAUCCUCCGGCUGCUCCGCACAAAAGAAAAGCAAAGGAAAAGCUCAUGCAGCUCUAUAGCAAAUGCAGUUUGACAGAGAUGCACCCUGUCCACACUAGCCUGAAAGUAAAGCUAGCCCGCCUGAGCAGAGUUUGUUGGACCAGUUUGCAGAAUUGAUUAGCCUCUCCACUAUACGUCCCGCGGACGCGGGAGACCUUUGCCGCAGCGUUGCCGCGCAGUAAGGCCUCCGCCUGGCACCACUGAACUCGGAAGGACUGCAAUGAGAGCAGGAUUUGGCCUGAAAGCUGUAUCUGCACUACAGCCCUGCCGAUACUCCAGGAUCCCACCAGUCCCAGCACCAACGUUAGGUCCCCCGUACCCCCAGUGUGUGCGGGGACGAACACACCGGGGCUCCCGCCGUUUCAGACACACGCUCCCUAACGGCUUGGCUGCACACCUGCCCGGGGUCCCUGCGAGUGCCUCGGGUGCAUGCCAGAGGGACGCCCCAGAUCUCGCAGCUGUUUGGAUUCGCCCAGUCCCGGACCAGCCCCACGGUGCUGCUCUCGCUUCGCUGGUGCUGUCAGCUCUGUCCAUUCCUCUGUACCUCCAAGUCCCACGUGGGGCUGGAGGUGACAUCCCACUGACGACAGCCCUUUGGGAAAAGUCCUCCUGCCAGCCCAGGGCUCUGAUAACCUUUUGGUUCCUAUAUGGAGCCCCACAAAAUGAUCCAGAACGUUACGAAUUAUGCCAAAAGCUGCCAAACAAACAAUAGUGAUGUCAUUUCCUCCUCAGUGUGGCACCUGAAUCUGUCACUCUGUGCAGCAAGAGACAGUGGGGCAGCUGGUAGCAGUUUACAACAUGUAUGUGGCACUGUGGGAUGCAUCCUCAGCCCUACAGUGUACGUACAAGCAUUUCUACGGACCAGGGAGGACCAGUUACUGAGCAAACCAGCCAGAGCAUAUCAUUCACUGGCACAAAUAUUUCAGAAGCUUAGCUGUCAGACACAACAGUGCAGAUGCUAUACAAGUACCUGAUGUACGUUCUCCACACACAUAUAUGUGACACUAUGGUUCAGUAUCCACAGCUACUGUGCAAUGUACUUGUUCCUGAGGACUGUGAUCGGGUAUGAAGGAGAAGUGCAUGGUAUACAGGUGUUUUAACAGCUGGUGAGAGCAUUACAUGUAGCCACACCCUAGAGCAGGCCCAUUAAUUAAUGCAGGCCUGGAAAAUGAACUCUUAAUAGCAGUUUCUGGCCUUUUUUGUGGUUGAGAUGCUUAAAAUAGACAUGGUUGUUACUAGUGCCUGUGUUGGAAAGGCACUGCAAAUUGUUAAGGUUUUGUAAGGAGCUAUGUUUUAACCAUGUUGCUGUAACACACUCCAUCAAUCCCAGUAGUUUCUGCAGUAUAAAUAUAUACUAAGUCUUGUUAGCCACAGACACGUUAGCGAUUGUUCUUCAGUGAGUUCAGGUACGAUGUCAGUUCAGUACGUAGAUCCAGGCACUUUACCUGCCUUCAAACUGUGGCAAGUUACUGAAAAGUUGCUUAAAAAACUGAGGACAGAGAAGACUGUGAGGGAACAUAAAAAUGUUCCCCAUUUAAAAAAUAUCUGUCUAGGCUUCAGCUGAAUUGUUGCACUUUUGCUUUAGUGAAUCAAAAAAAAAAAAAAAAAAACAUUUAGUGAGCUAGCUCAAAUUAAUGUAGUUUACUUAAGUGCAAAUUAGCCGUAUCUAUUGCCAAAUCAUAAAGUUACUCUUUUCGUGGGUAAAUUAGGUAAGAAAUCAUGGUUCUGAUGAAGAGAACAGAAGUGGACAUACCUUUGUUUGCAAGCUACAAUUGCUGUUCAAUGUCUAUUCAGCAUUAGAAAGGAAAACUUUAAGUUUUCAGUGACAAUAUAAGGAUACACCAGAAAAAUCUAUUUGUUAAGGUAAUUCACACUGUUGUAUUUUUAAAUUAUGUUGUGCCUAACUGAAACUUGUAGACAAAGUGGUACAGAAUCAAAGAAUUAUGCAAGAUGCUUAGAGGAUAAUAGUAUCCAGGUUAUGUAGGUUUAAUUCCACAAAUACUAAGCAUGCAGAAAUCUCAAGAGCCUUAUUGGGAACAUAAGUUGCACAGCAUUUUACAGGACUAGACUCUCUAACUUCUUUAUCAAACAACACUGGAGAGGCUAGGUUCAUUAGGAGCCCCCAGUGGGUUAAAGAUGAAUGUGUUGUCUUGGAGAAAGCUAGAGGGACUCUAAGCAGCCCUGCCCUAAUACUGAUCUUUCUCCCUAGAGUUUCUUCAGAUCAACAGCUGGAAACAACUACACUCUUCAGAUGAACAGCCCCAUUUCAGUUGUAAAGCAGGAGUAUAAUCAUUAGAAGGCCUUUAGUAGCCAGACAUGCCAGGUGAGCAGUAAAUACCCUCAAUAUCAGAUGGGCUAUAGUGAGCAAGUCAUCCUCCUUGAGAAAUGUGGAAGCAUCCACUGUUGGUGAAGGUUCCUUAUUUUUUCUUUAUGGCAGAGCACAGAAGAGAGGAUAGGGAAAGCCAACAGUGGCCCUGUGAUGGCUGGAAUAAGCAAACUGAGAUAGCAACAUUCAGGUGGCUCCAGGCUGCUUCUCCUGUUUGCCAGGAUGUGGCAUAUUUUCUUGUGAAAGUGGUCUCACCCAAGAGAGACAGCUACUCAGCAGAGAGUUUCUUCUUAAACUAUGCCUAUCUAUGAGAAAUUGCAUGUCUGCUCCCUGCUACUUAUAGCAGGACUUUCCAAGUCCUGUUUCCAGUUGCCUCCAUGACUGGCUACCACAGCCUGGGCUCUAAUGCAACAGAUGAAGAACAUCUGGGAUGCCACUUCCCAUAGGCAGGCCCUGCUGACCUUCUAAAUGGGUAGCCUGUACUAGGACACUUUUCUGGAGCAAUAGUGGGCUAUAACUGGCUUUUAUUAUUUCUCAACAGAAUUUAAAAUGUGGAGCUAGCACAGGUUGAAGGGAGAGGCCUGUAGCUCCCUCUUCGCUGUCAGUGCAGGCAGAUGUGGUGCACAGGUGCAUAGCAGUGGCUGGGAGCAAAGCCUCACUCUGCCACAUUCACACUGAAGGUGAAUCUGGCUCCAGUUAAGAGAAUAUUCAGCGUACUUGAGAUUUUUAGGAAUGGAAACCUUGUUGGGAGCAUUUCUUUCAUCUCAGAGUCUUUGAAGAGAGGGCUUUUUCUGGCUUACAGUCCUGUGUAACCGAAAGGUGCUUAUUCUGCCUGUCAGUGGGUUUGGAAUUUGCAAUACCAUUUCUCACCAUGCAGUUAACCUUUUCACAAAGAAACCUUAAUAAUUCUUAGUGUUUAUGUAGCCACCAUCAUCUUUAAAGUGCUCAGUAAAUACUACUGUGGCUUGUUUGUUGUUCCAAAGAGGAAACCUGCUUCUCCUUCUUGGCUGAAGUGAUUCAUUAACAGUAGUUCUUUGCGUAGUUGUAGUGCCUUUUGUGCAAAGCUUUCAAAGCGGACACUAUUAGCUUUGCAAGUUCCAAAAUGCAUUUCUGAAGGGAGGUACGGGAAUAGAUUAUUUUAAUUGCACACCAGUGAAAUGCAGCAGCUGUUCAUCAAUUCAUGUCAACAGAAGAAAAGAAUAAAUUUAGGCUAGAAAUUAAGGGGCACCAGAUCCGCUUCAUAGACGGCAGGAUGAAGUUGGGUAGCAUGUAAUGACAUGAAAUAGAACUGGGACAGGAUAACUGGCCAAAGUGUUUUUUCAAAAAGUGCCAUAUGUAUAUAUAUUUCACACAAACACAGCAGCUCCAGUAGGAGAGUGCUUUCAGGCUGGCUUCUCUGCACAUUAAAAUCCAGGGGCCCAGCCUGCCAUCUCCUCUGCCUCAGAUUUAUGCUGGUCCUGUAGCCUGGUAAAUUCCCAUCAGGUGCAAGUGAGUGCAAAGUAUGUGCAAGCAAGAACAAGUUACAUGAGCCAAGGAAAAGUACAGAGCAUCAUUCCUUCAUUUCAUUGAUACCGAGUCAUUGUAGGAUGGGGACAAGCGCAAGGGGUGGGGUGUAGAGACAUGGCAGUGACGUGGCAGAGGUGUAGCCUUAGAGCUCACAGGUGUAUGGAGCUCUCCAUUUAAAAUGGUUGCUGCAGUGCAAUGGGCAGGGACAUGUAUUUAGUAAUGAUACAAAAGGCAGUCUUGUACUUCCUGACUUAAUGACACUCCUUGCACAUGCUGUUCACUCCUUGGAGUGAAACCAUCUCAUUAUAGGUGCACCCACCUUUGUUUAGUUUGGAAGACUAGAGAGGAUUAGAGCACCAGAUCAAACAGCUUCAGGUCAUAUUUAAUGCACUUUAUUAGUAACAAUGAUUCUUUGUCUCACAGUCAGGGCCUAACUGCAAGAAUAGUUCAUACUUCCUUAUUCACCCAAUCAUAGUGACUGUUGGGAAAUCCAUAAAUAAACCAAAUCUCAUGUUGCCUCAGUAAUUUCAGAAUUGUAGUGCAGAAAAUGAAGUAGCACAAAAACUGGAUCGUUUGUAUUUCACUUAUUAUAAACACUGAACAGACAUAAAAUACUGUCUUUGUUUGGAACCCUUGCCAUUACCCUACACACCAUUAGUCAGUGGUGUUAAAUGUUAAUGUAUGCUAAGCAUCCAACCAAAGAUUAUUCAUAUGGCUCUUUUCUCCAGCAAUGCAGUAUUGCGUUGCAUAUAUGGGACUAAAUGGAGCUGUGCCUUCUCACAGCAGCUCUGCAUUUGGUCCUUGGAAAUUUCGUAUUAGUUUCAUACUUUUCUGAAUUCCAUAGUUUCCGUUGACCUGCUCUCUUAUGCAUUUGAUAACACCUAUAUAAAUUUUGUGUAACUCAGUAUAAGACUAAUAUUCCACAACAGAAAUGUUGCUUUGCUAAAACACAUUUUUCCAUAUCAUCAUUCCAAUAAAAAUGAAUAUACUAUUCAGAUUA